AGGCCGCGGCCCCGGCACGGCUCUCGGGGCACGCCGGCACCGCGCUCCCCCGGCUGCUCCUCCCAUCGCGGCUGCUCCGCCUUCCCCGACCCGCGAACCGUGGGACGCUUUUUCCGUGAGGAAGUGGCUCGUCGGUGGGGUGGAAGGAGGAGAGAAGCGCUGGCCAACUGGAGAGCAGGCGAGGCAGGGAGCUGCCGGCGGGGAGCGAGGAAGUGGGGCCAGAGGAGCGGAGCUCCGGGCCCCGCUGAGCCCCGCGGAGUGCCAGCAUGAGCGGCGGGGAUGGCAGCGGGGGCCGGGCGGGCGCCCUCAGCUACGGCCUCCCCUCCAUCCCCUCCAGCAAACUCCCGGACUUGCGUUUUAUCAGCCGGGGCGCUUACGGGACCGUGUCCGCCGCCCGCCACGCCGACUGGAGGGUCCCGGUGGCCCUGAAAUGCCUGCAGGGGCCGCUGCUAGACAGCGAUAGAAACCACCUUCUAAAAGAAGCAGAGAUAUUACACAAAGCCAGGUUUAGUUACAUACUGCCAAUUUUGGGAAUCUGCAAUGAGCCUGAAUUUCUGGGGAUAGUAACAGAAUACAUGACCAAUGGGUCAUUAAACCAGCUACUGCAUGGGAAAGAUAUAUAUCCCGACAUUCCCUGGUGCCUGAGAUUCCGCAUUCUUUAUGAAAUUGCUCUGGGAGUAAACUAUUUGCACAACAUGAAUCCUCCAUUGCUGCACCAUGACUUAAAAACCCAGAACAUUUUGCUGGAUGAUGAGUUUCAUGUCAAGAUUGCAGAUUUUGGCAUGUCCAAAUGGCGUGUCAUAUCCAUGUCCCAGUCCCGAAGCGAAUCCUCCUUGCCAGAAGGAGGGACAAUUAUCUACAUGCCACCUGAGGAUUACAACCCCAGUCAGAAAACCCGGGCAAGUGUCAAACAUGAUAUCUACAGUUAUGCAGUUAUCAUAUGGGAAGUGAUGUCAAGGAAACAGCCAUUUGAAGAAGUUAUAAACCCCUUGCAGAUAAUGUACAGCGUGUCACAAGGACAGAGACUAGACUUGAGUGAAGGAAGUCUAUCAAUGGACAUUCCUCAUCGAGGGCUUGUCAUAAGACUGAUGGAAAGUGGAUGGGCACAAAACCCAGAUGAAAGACCAUCAUUCUUAAAAUGUUUAAUAGACCUGGAGCCAGUUCUGAGAACAUUUGAUGAAAUAGCUAUGCUGGAAGCAGUACUUCUCUUAAAGAGAUCAAAGUCACUGUAUGAAUCACAAAGUAUUUACAAGAGUGGAAAGAAAGCAAAUGUGGAGCAGAUACCUCUAAAUAUACCUCUGAAUCCCGAAAAGCCAACAUACUAUAGCUCCAUAGAGUGUGAUGCACUUAGCCUUCGGAGCAUCCCUCCAGAUACAUCAAAAUUCAAGUCUAUUUCCCAGUGUAAUAUCCUCUCAUCAGAUGGAAAUUCUGGGUGUCUACACUCUCUUAGCAGCCAGAGCAUGGAUGAAAAUCUGUCUGUAACUCAAAGUGCCAAACUCCUUGUGCAUCCAUACAGUGCUGGUCUCUCAUCUGCCAGGAGUAUUUCAGAUGCCUCAAGUUUUGCAUCCCGUGUGCUGCAGUCAUCGGCAAUUCCUUCAGUACCAGGUCGGGUUGAACACUGGAACAGGUUGCCCAUGGAGGCUGCAGAAGUACCAUCACUUGGAGAUGCUCAAAAUUCAGCUGGACAAGAUUUUAUAUUGGAAACCAUACAAAAGAAUGUAGCUCAUCAGUGGAUCCAAAGUAAAAGAGAAGAAAUUAUUGAUCAGAUGACUGAAGCAUGUUUGAAUCAAUCACUGGAUGCUCUUCUAUCAAGAUUUUUACUCAUGAAAGAAGAUUAUGAACUUAUAAGCACCAAACCUACAAGGACAUCAAAAGUACGACAAUUGCUUGAUACCUCAGACAGCCAAGGAGAGGAAUUUGCCAGAAUUAUAGUGCAGAAGUUGAAAGAUAACAAACAGCUAGGACUUCAGCCUUAUCCAGAUAUUGUAUCUAAUUCUCAAAGACUGCAUUUUUAAAUUUGUUCUUCCUUUAUUAAACCAUGUGAAUAUUUCUUAAAACAUGAUUCUUGUUUCUAUAUAGUAUUUUAUUUAUGUGCAGCUUUGUCUUUACUGUGCCUUUGUUGAGUAUCAGAAACGACCCUGAGUUCUUCUAGCCUGCAUUUGGUCAGUGACCAAUUAAAAAUUUGGAGUGCAGUCAUAAAGCCAAACAAUUGAUGGUUGCUGACUCAUUUUGUAAAAGUAUUUUGUUUAUACAUGACAAAGAAAAGCAUUAAAAGUUCAUCAUUUUACAUA